UGCUCGUCUUCUCCACAUGUACAGCAGCAGCGCGACGCUAAACAUGGAGCGCUUUUGAUUCCGCUGUUUUCCCUCUUCUUAUUCUCCUUGAUUUAAAGUCCACAUUCAUGUAAAGUGGAUUUCUGCCGUGGCCUCGUGAAGAAAGGAUGAUGAAGAACCGCAGUGCUUAUAAUAUAGAUCCGAGACUCAAACACAGAGUCCAUCAGUAUUUGAAGUCCCACAGGGAGCAGUAUGUGGACGUGGCAGCGAUGGCCUCGGAGCUUCAGCAGCAGUUCAGGAUCGAGUACGGACGCAGGAACAGGACGGCUUUCAGGAUACAAGUGGAGAAAGUGCAUGCGGUGAUAUGCAGUGAGUUUGAUGUCUCCACUCUGGAAGUCAAACACUUGGCCAAAAAAGCGAGAUGCAACCAAGAGGACGGGGAGGACAGUCAUGUCACAGAGUUCAGCUCCGACAGCGAGGACGAGAUUCCCGAGCAUGAACACACAAACCACAUGAACAGCUCGCUGACGUCCCUCUAUCAGAGAGGAGCGCCCCCUCAGAAGAGCGGCUGGACCAUCGAUAAGACCCCCGACAGAGAGCAGGAGAACAUCUUCAUCGACCUGUGUGAGGACGAGUCCUCCAGCACCACGAAGCAGAGAGAUUCAUCAAAGCUGGAGAAGGAAAAGACAUCUAAGAGCAGGAAACUGAAGAGAGCGAAGAAGAGCAAGCACGACGUGGACGCAGAAAUCACUGCCGCAAUACAGGCUAAAAAGAGUAAGAGCCAGGGUCAUGAGCUGCAGUACUCCUCUGUGAAGUUUGAGGAUUUCGGCGGCAGUGAUGAAACUCUAGAGGAGGUCUGUAAGCUGCUGAUCCACAUGAGGCAUCCGGAGGUGUACCAGCGGCUGGGAGUGGUUCCUCCGAGGGGCUUCCUGCUGCACGGACCGCCGGGGUGUGGGAAGACCCUGCUGGCUCAGGCUGCGGCUGGAGAGGUGGGCCUGCCGAUGCUGAAGGUCUCUGCUCCAGAGCUGGUGUCAGGAGUCUCUGGAGAGUCGGAGCAGAAGCUGCGGGAGCUGUUUGAGCAAGCCAUCAGCAGCGCUCCCUGUAUCAUGUUCAUCGAUGAGAUCGAUGCCAUCACACCAAAAAGAGAGAUGGCUUCUAAAGACAUGGAGAGGAGGAUCGUGGCUCAGUUACUCACCUGCAUGGACGACCUCAAUUCGUUAUCAGAACCGGCUCAGGUGUUGGUUAUUGGAGCCACUAACCGUCCGGACUCGCUGGACCCGGCCCUGCGUCGAGCCGGCAGGUUUGACCGUGAGAUCUGUCUGGGGAUCCCUGACGAGGCCGCGCGACUGAAGAUUCUGAAGACGCUCUGUCGUAAAAUCACGCUCCCGGAGGACUUCGACUACAGUCAGCUGGCGCGUCUCACGCCGGGGUAUGUGGGCGCUGAUCUGAUGGCGCUGUGUCGGGAGGCGGCCAUGACCGCCGUCAACAGGAUCCUGCUGCAGCCCGACACUGAAGACGGCACCGCACCGAAAGCAGAUCUGGAGCAGCUGCUGUCGUUGUUGAAGAGGAACGAGACUCUGAGCGAGGAGCAGCUCUCUGGACUCUGUGUGCUCAUGUCAGACUUCAGGACGUCGUUAGCCAGAGUCCAGCCGUCUGCCAAGCGCGAGGGGUUCGCCACCGUCCCAGACGUCACCUGGGAAGACGUGGGUGCGCUGCACGACAUCCGGGAGGAGCUCAACAUGGCCAUCAUGGCUCCCAUCAAUAACCCGGAGCAUUUCCGAGCUCUGGGUCUGAGCACGCCCGCUGGAGUGCUGCUCGCUGGACCGCCCGGGUGUGGAAAGACCCUGCUAGCCAAAGCUGUCGCUAACGAGUCCGGGUUAAACUUCAUCUCUGUCAAGGGUCCAGAGCUGCUCAACAUGUAUGUGGGCGAGAGCGAGCGGGCCGUCCGCCAGGUCUUCCAGAGGGGCAGGAACUCAGCGCCCUGCGUCAUCUUCUUCGACGAGAUCGAUGCUCUUUGUCCUCGUCGCUCGGAGCAUGAGUCGGGAGCCAGCGUCCGCGUGGUCAACCAGCUGCUCACAGAGAUGGACGGCAUGGGGAACCGCCACCAGGUUUUCAUCAUGGCCGCCACCAACAGGCCAGAUAUCAUUGAUCGAGCUGUGCUCAGACCAGGACGACUGGACAAAACUCUGUAUGUGGGUUUACCGCCUCCUGCAGACAGACACGCCAUAUUAGUCACCAUUACCAAGAACGGCACCAAACCUCUUCUGGAUUCAGAUGUCAAUCUACAGGAAAUUGCCCAUGAUGCACGUUGUGACAGUUUUACAGGUGCAGAUCUGUCAGCGCUGGUGCGAGAGGCGUGUGUUAAUGCUCUGAGAGUUCACCUGAGCUCACGGCCAGCACACACACACACAGAGCCGGAGAAGGACAUCCGAGUGAGCAGGAUUCACUUUGAAGACGCCUUCCAGAAGGUGCGACCGUCUGUGUCCAAGAAGGACCAGAUAAUGUAUGAGAAACUGAGAGAGACCCUCACAAGAUGACAACCGUCGAUCAGAAACCUACAUUUGCUUGCAUUUUUACUAAGAAUACAAAAAGAUGAUAAACUGUUUGAUGAAAA